AUGAUAUAAUAGAAAUAGCAAUUUAAUAAAUUAAAAGAUUUUUUAAAAUCUAAACAUUCAUCUCACUCAAAUAUUGAAAUAAACUUGAGCUAUAAUUAAAUUGGUGCUAAGGCUGCAUAGGAGUUGAGUUUUGGCUUAGAAAAGUGCAUUAAUCUCUCAAUAUUGACUCUUGAUCUCUAUAAUAAUUAAAUUAGUGCAUAAGGCGCCUAAUACUUAGCAAAUGCUAUAACGAAAUAUAAUAAUCUGACAACUUUCACAUGCAAUCUCUAAUAUAAUUCAGUUGGUAACUAAGGUAUAUCUGCUUUAGUUAAUGGAUUAUCAAAGUGCCCUCAUCUCUAAAAUUUGACAUUAAAUCUAUAAAAAAAUUCAAUUAGUGAAGAGGGUGCAUUAGAAUUAGGCUUUGGACUCUCAAACUGCCCUAAUCUCUAAAAUUUAUCUAUUAACCUUACGAGUAAUAGAAUUGACGCAUUGAGCUCAUAAAACUUAGUUUCUGAGUUAAAAAUAUGUUCUAAGCUGUAAACUUUAACUCUUUAUCUUACAGAUAAUUAAAUUGGUCCAAAUGGCAUUACUAAAUUAAGUUCUUACUUAGAAAAGUGUACUAAUCUCCAAAAUUUAACUCUAUACCUUUCAUAAACUUUGAUUGGUGAUAUUGGUACACAAUGGUUAGGCUAUUAUUUAUAUAAGUGCAAUAAUAUAUAAGUAUUGAAUUUUAGUUUAGCAAAUAAUCAAAUAGGUAAUGAGGGCGUUUUAGUCUUAAGUUAAGGUUUAGCAAGGUGUAAUAAUCUCUAAAAUUUGUCCCUCAAUCUUAAGAGGAAUAAAAUUGAUGAAUAGGGUGCUUAGAACUUAGGUUAUGGUUUAGCUUAUUGCACUAAUAUCUAAAAUUUGAUGCUUUAACUUGAGCAAAAUUCAAUAAGUGAUGAGGGAACAUCAGGUUUAGUGAUUAGUUUAGCAAAUUGCAUAAAUCUUGUAAGUUUAAUGCUUUAUCUAUAAGGCAACAAAAUUGAUAAUACAGGAGCAUCAAGCAUUGGCUAUAGUUUAGCAAAUUGCGCUAAGCUCUCAAUUUUGAAACUGUAUCUUGAGGAAAAUAGAAUAAAUAGAUAAGGAAUAUAAGAAUUAAGUUCUUCUUUAGCUAAUUACAUUAAUCUCUCAAUUUUAGAACUUUAUCUUACGAGCAAUAAAAUUUAUUCUGUAGACGUAGAAAUCUUUCUUUGUAGUUUAUCGAAAUCUAAAACUAUCAAAGUUUUAACAAUUUACUUGGAAUAUGAUCUUUUAGGAAUACAUAGGUUUUAAGAUAUCUAUAAUUAAAACAAAUAAAUGUUGAGAAGUAAAUUUCUAAAAACCAAGAGAUUGACGAAAUUAAUUUUAUAGUGA